AUGAAGCCAAUUAUUGUAAAUGAUUGUCAAUUUAAAUAUGCAAAAUAUCAUCAGCAUCACCAACAGCAUCCUCAGCAACAUCAAUUCCAUGCCGACAACGACAACCCACAAGCAUCAGCAGCAGCUAAGCAGCAGCACCAGCUGCAGCUUAGUGUUAGUGGAGAGAUGUUAUUGGCUACCCUAAAUUUCCAUCGAAUGGGAUGUUUGAUUAAUAUGCAGCUAAUCUUUCUCAUACUGUUGGAAAUGCGAAUAAUAUCCGGUGAUGUUUCCUCACACUACUGGGAAACACCCUACUCACAGCCAUAUUUUGAUAAUUCCUCAAGGCGUGAGGUUACCUCAAUUGUGGGCCAGGCAGCAUUGCUGCAAUGUCGUGUACGAAAUUUAGGAGAUCGAGCUAAGGUCUCCUGGAUACGAAAACGAGAUUUACACAUCUUAACAGUCGGCAUUCUGACCUACACAAAUGAUCAACGAUUUCAAUCGCUACACACUGAGGGAUCCGAUGAAUGGACACUGCGUAUAUCAUCACCCCAGCCAAGAGAUUCGGGAACCUAUGAAUGUCAGGUGUCAACGGAGCCGAAAAUUAGCCAAGGAUUCCGGCUAAAUGUAGUAGUCUCUCGUGCUAAAAUUCUUGGUAAUCCAGAGCUAUUCAUUAAAAGUGGCAGUGACAUUAACCUGACAUGUUUGGCAAUGCAAUCACCGAUACCACCCUCAUUUAUCUAUUGGUACAAGGGCAAACGUUUAAUGAACUAUUCACAGCGUGGCGGCAUUAGUGUAAUAACCGAAAGGACAACGCGCACCAGUAAACUUUUAAUAUCGAAAGCAACACCAGCUGAUUCGGGAAAUUAUACAUGUUCGCCAAGUAGUUCAGAUUCGGCGUCAGUGGUGGUACACGUUAUCAAUGGUGAACAUCCCGCAGCCAUGCAACAUGGCAAUAAUAGUGCUACAACACUUAUACCCUCCUAUCGACGACGUCGAACACUGUCAACCACAUCAUUCACCGGUGGUGCU